AUGUGGGAUGGCUCCAAGUCUGAGGGCUUUGUCUUGCGCAUCAAGUGCCAGGUGGCUUUGCAGGGUGCCUACAUUGGAUGCUCCAUCGCUGUAAAUGGCACCUGCCUCACAGUGACAACCUUCGAUGCGGAGGCUUUUGAGGUCAACUGUGCGCCUGAGACUCUUCGGCGAACGGAUUUGGGUGAUCUUUCCAAAGGUGAUCUCGUGAACCUGGAAAGGCGGGGAAGGGGUUUUGCUGAGUAG